GUGGUUGAUUAAUACGGGACAUCGCCAACAGCUGGACAGUCUUGUGCCCCCUGCCGCAGGCUCCAAACAAGCAGCAGGAUAAGACUUCUACAUGGAAACACUGGGGCCUGCAAACAGGAGGAUGAUGAAUGGAAGAUGCUAUUCCGGAUUCCAGCACUGGGGAAACCAAUCUAUGCACCAAAAUGUCUAAGUCUGGAAACAAGAUUACUUUCUAUGAGGACAAGCACUUUCAAGGCCGCCACUAUGACUGUGACUGCGACUGUGCAGAUUUCCACAUGUACCUGAGUCGCUGCAACUCCAUUCGAGUGGAGGGAGGCACCUGGGCUGUGUAUGAAAGGCCCAACUUCGCGGGCUACAUGUACAUCCUACCUCGGGGCGAGUACCCUGAGUACCAGCACUGGAUGGGCCUCAAUGAUCGCCUCAGCUCUUGCCGAGCUGUUCACCUGUCUAGUGGAGGCCAGUAUAAGAUUCAGAUCUUUGAGAAAGGAGAUUUUAAUGGUCAGAUGUACGAAACCACUGAAGAUUGCCCUUCUAUCAUGGAGCAAUUUCACAUGAGAGAGGUCCACUCCAGUAAGGUGCUGGACGGCGUCUGGAUUUUCUACGAGCUACCCAACUACCGUGGCAGGCAGUACCUUCUGGACAAGAAGGAGUACCGGAAGCCCAUCGAUUGGGGUGCAGCUUCCCCAGCCGUGCAGUCUUUCCGCCGCAUUGUGGAGUAAUGACGUGGAUGGGGCCACAGGCUUCUCCCUCGGGGCCACAUGCUGGCUAGCCUUGUCAUCCAAGUAGGCAUCAUAAAUAAAACAAUUGGCAUGCA